GUAUCCAACAUGGCAAAUCUUUGUUGUCAUUUCUCCUUUCUCUUGUUUUCCCUACUUUGUUUUCAUUUCACUUUAUGCUUCACCAAUUUCACUGCGUAUGAUGAAUUGGCACUACUUGCUUUGAAGUUUUCUGUUAAGGACCCUUACAAUUACUUGGCUAAUUGGUCCAACUCUUCUUCCAUUUGCAAUUGGGUUGGGGUUAUGUGUGAUGGUCACCAUGAGAAAGUAAUAGCUUUGAAUCUUGGUGAGAUGGGUCUCAAGGGAACUUUGCCCUCAAAAAUUGGGAAUUUGUCUUUCUUGGUUGAACUUGACCUUCAUGGUAACAACCUUUAUGGUGAGUUGCCAAAAGAGUUGAUCCAAUUACAUAAGCUAGAAAUUCUCAACUUGAGCUACAAUGAAUUCAAGGGAGAAAUUCCAACUUGGAUUGGAAGCUUAUUCAUGCAGCUUUCAGGAAGAUUACCUCCAACCAUUUCCAACUUAUCCUCACUUGAGUUGUUGUCUUUGUCUCGCAACUUCUUAACAGGAGACAUUCCAAUAGAGAUUGGCCUUCUUCAAAAUCUAAAAUUUCUAUAUUUGGGUGCUAAUAAGCUUUCUGGCCACAUACCAUCAAAUAUCUUCAAUAUAUCAGAGUUGCAAGAAAUUGAUUUAAGCUGGAAUAAUUUGUCAGGAAGUAUUCACUCUAAUAUGUGUCAUGGACUUCCAAAUUUACAAAUGCUACAUCUUCAGGAGAAUGAAUUAUCAGGAGCCCUGCCAUCUAAUUGGAUACAAUGCAAAGAGCUCAAAGACUUACAAUUAGAAUACAACUCUUUGAUAGGUGAUAUACCAGAAGGUAUUGGAGAACUGGAUAUGCUUCAAGAGCUAUAUCUUAAUCAUAAUAAUUUACAAGGCCAUUUACCAAAAGACAUCGGAAACUUGACCAAGCUUCAAUUGUUGUAUCUUAAUUACAAUAACUUGGAAGGCCAUAUACCAAAAGACAUCGGAAACUUGGCCGAGCUUCAAUUGUUAUAUCUUAGUGACAAUAACUUGAAAGGUGAUAUACCAGAAGGUAUUGGAAAAUUGGAUAUGCUUCAAGAGCUAUGUCUUGAUCAUAAUAAUUUACAAGGUAAUUUUUGUCGUCAAGUAUGAUAUUCUGGCUACUUUAGCUUUUUUCUCUCUUUUUA